AUGACAAUCGACAAACUACCUCGCAUAAAUGAAAAAGAAGCAACACGCUCCCGGCUUGAUAAGUUUGCCAUUGAAAUCCUCAAAGAGAAGACUUCGCGAGUUGAGGUGCAAGGAAUACAACGCCUACAAACCCCACUGCUGUGGAAGCCAGGCUCCAGUCCUCCACAAAGCACCCCAAGAGCUGUUGAAGCACUGGCCCGUGCACACAAGAGGAAGAUGGACAAAGACUCAAAGCUAGCGGAGUUUUGUACCACGUAUAUCCAGAAGCUUAAGAAUCAGGGACACGUCCAGGAACUGGGGACAUUGGCUGAGGUACUAGUGAUGGAAACAUCAAGCUGGUUCAUCCCAUAUCACGUGGUUUUCAGUAGCAACAAAUACCGUCUCGUGUUCAAUUGCUCCUUUGAAUCCAUGGGCCAGAACCUCAACGAUGAGUUGCUAGCCGGGCCAACCCUGCAUUCUUCCCUGAUGGAGGUGUUACUUCGAUUCCGUCAAGGCAGGGUCGCUGUGUCUGGUGACAUAACUGGGAUGUUUCACCAGGUGAGACUCCUUCCAGAAGACAGUCCCAUGUUCCGAUUUCUUUGGUGGGAUGAAAAGCGAGAUGAUUGGUUGGUUUUCCAAUGGCUGGUGCUGCCAUUUGGGGCCGCUUGUAGCCCAUGCUGCGCUACCUUUGCCCUGCAGAAGGCUGCCAUAGAUGCCAACGCAAGAUAUCCAGCUGUACAGAAAACCAUCGAGCGUGAAACCUAUGUGGAUAACCAACUGGCCAGUCGCCACAGUGAGGAAGAAGCAAGGGAACUUGUUGCCAGUACCAGAGAGUGCCUCCAUGAAGCUGGGUUCGAGAUGGUCAAAUAUGCUAGCAGUCAUCCUGAGGUGGUUGAAGAUCUGCCCGUCGCGGUCCGUUCUGACCGCUACAUUCGAUCUCUCUCCCUAGACAACUUGGGGUGCGAAUUGGAACCAGCUUUGGGCCUGAGUUGGGAUUGCAAGAGCGACGAGUUAUGCCAUCCCGCUAAGGUCCCAGAGAACCGAACACUCACCAAGCGUACUGCCCUUCGAGUACUGGCUUGCCAGUUUGAGCCCCUUGGGAGCAUUGCACCCUUCACUGCUCGAGCAAAGAUGAUAGUACAAGAAUUGUGGAUGGAGAAGUUGGACUGGGAUGAAGCCGUGACUAACGCUGACAUAAAGCAGAGGUGGGACGACUGGUGUACAGAGCUUGAGCAUAUCCCAUCCAUACGAUUACCACGAUGCUACACCCCUCCCCAGGUGGAUACUGCUACUGUCGAGAGGUCCCUGCACGUGUUUUGUGAUUCAUCAGAGAGGUUGUAUGGGGCAGUGGCAUACAUGCGGUCGAUAGAUCCUCAAGGAAAAGUCUUCCUCAGUUUCGUUGUUGCCAAGUGUCGGGUGGCUCCCCAGCGCCGGACAUCCAUGCCACGUCUGGAACUCAUGGCGGCACUUGUAGGUGCACAGCUUGCUCAGUUUGUUACCCAGACGCUUGAUGUCAACAUCCAGUAUGUAACAAUGUGGAGUGACUCAACCACUGUGUUGACGUGGAUACAGUCAGAUUCAUGUCGAUUUAAAGUUUUUGUUGGCACUCGCAUUGCUGAAAUCCAGACUUUGACAACCGGCAGCGAAUGGCGUUAUGUUCGCUACGCAGAUAACCCAGCAGAUGACAUCACCAGAGGACUCUCAGUUUCAGAGUUGGGUCCAGGCUCCCGCUGGAUUGAAGGGCCUCCGUGGCUACUUGCUGAACCUGAUACAUGGCAGAGUGACAGUGCAUCCGUCUUAGCCCAGACUCGUGCCACAUCAACCCCUGAUCUCAGCGAGAUGAAAGGAACCAACUUCUGUGGUCUCACUGUGGCAGGCCCGGUGGCUGAACUUGAUUUCAGCAAUCAUCAGAGUUGGUCUGACCUUGUCGAUUCCCUGAGUCAGGAUCUCUUUCCAGCUGCUGAACGAGUGGAUGGGGUUCUCAGCCCUGAGCAGACACUCGAAGUGGAGAACCAGCUUCUGCGUCGUGCGCAAUUGGACAACUUCCGGGAAGAUAUCGUUACCUUGGAGAAAGGAAAAGAGUUAUCCAGGAAUAGUCGCCUCCUAGAGCUUGCUCCUGAACUGGACAUCCCUGCAGGGCUGAUACGAGUUGGUGGUCGUCUCAGGAAAGUGUCACAAGAUGCGUCAGUUGACUUAGAACCACACCCAAUUGUCUUAGACCCUCACCAUGCAGUCACCAAGCUCCUCAUCCAAGAAGCUGAUAAGCAUUUUGGACAUCAGGCGGGCACUGAGCAAGUAUUUGCUCACCUCCGACGUCGCUACUGGAUAAUACGGGGACGCACAGCUGUCAAGGGUGUCCUCCGAACCUGCCCAGAGUGUCGACGAUGGCGGGGGAAGCCUCAGGUCCCAAAGAUGGCUGACUUGCCAAAGUCUCGUUUGCGACUACAUAAGCCCCCCUUUUUCUCCGCUGGUAUGGACUGUUUUGGUCCAUUUCGAGUGAAGAUUGGCCGACGUCAGGAGAAGCGUUGGGGCUUGAUCUUCAAGUGCAUGACAACCCGGGCUGUCCACCUCGAGCUUGUCGAGUCUCUUGACACAGACCACUUCUUGAUGGCAUAUCGAAGAUUCGCCUCCUGUAGGGGUGUACCUCACCAAUUAUUGAGUGACUGCGGUACCAACUUCAAAGGAGCUGAGUCGGAGAUUCAACAGGCCCUGAAGGAAAUGGAGCCAGAGUUGGUUCAGCGCCUUGCCCAAUACAGAGUCGUGUUCAGGUUCAAUCCUCCCAAUGUGCCACAUUUCGGAGGACUGUGGGAACGUGAAGUGCGAUCCGUCAAAAACGCUCUUAGAGGUGUACUUGGAGACCGGACUGUUUCAGAGGCUGUGCUGCAACUAACUCGAUCCCAGUGGCCAGUUGGCAAGGUUGACGAGUUACUUCCCGGCAGUGAUGGGAGGAUUCGCAUUGUUAACGUGAAAGUGGGCAACAAGACAUACAAGCGACCAGUUGCCAGACUAGUGCAACUGUCCAAGUAUGAUGAAGAGACUGCACCUGCUGCAACCGGGAUGUCCCUUACCCAAGCACCCGUCUCCUUCAGGCUGUAUGGCCACAGUUUCUGA